AUGCAGACCACUCACUUCCUCCUCUUCCUCUUUCUCCCGAUCCUCCUCCCUGGGAUGUGGGCAGAACCAGAGGCAGAGCCACAGUUUAUCCAAAACCUCCUGACUGACUUCUUUGCCAACAUCAGCUCUGCUGAGGUGUCGUGCUUGGGAGUCAUAGGGGACAUACCCAUCUUUCCACUGGAUUCUGCUAACCAGAGCAUCCACUUCCACUGGCCCUGGGUCAGCCAGGCUGCAGCUGAGGGUGAUGGGGAAAAUAUGUUGUCCCAGUACAAAAUUGUUCUACGCAAUAUGAUCCAAUUUGUGCGUGACAUGGUUCAGCAAACAAAACAGCACUACCCACUGAUGGUCCAGUUCUGUGCAGGGUGUUUGCUGUACCCCAAUAUGACAAGCUGGUUCAAACAACGUCACUGGGGCUUCCUGAAUGUCAGCUGGGAUGGCAGAGACUUUGUAGCUUUUGAGGUAGAUAAACAGUGCUGGGAGACCCAGCAGCCAUCCCAGGUGGCAGAGGUGGUCAGCAAGAGCCUGAACAGGCAGAAAUCCAUCACAGUGCUCCUAGAGUACCUUCUCUCCACUUGGAUAUGCCACAGCAACUUCCUCACCCUGGAGAAGUAUGGGAGGGCAGCUAUGGAGAGACAAGAGCUGCCUGUGGCCACAGUCUUUGCCUGCACCCCCAGCCUCGACCAGCUGCUGCUCGUUUGCUUCUAUCCCCGUCCCAUCAGCAUGGCCUGGCUGCAGGAUGGCUGCGAGGUGCCUCCGGUGCCUCAUACCAGCACCAUCCUGCCCAAUGCUGACCUCACCUACCAGCUCUGCAGUAUCCUGGCCGUGGGCCCCCGUGAUGGGCACAGCUAUGUCUGCCGUGUGUGCCACUGCAGCCUGGGCACCCGCAGCCUUCUCAUCCCAUGGGGCAGGGGGCACCCACAAUGGGAGCAGGGUCCCAUGCAGUUGUCUGGAGGAGGAUGA